AUGUCAGUCAACAAGAACAUCGUCUUCGAUGUAGUUGGGACGCUGGCUAGCUACGAUAAGCUGUACGAAGCAGUCGAGACAACACUUGGCCAGCGCCUGCGCGAACAAGGGAUCAAAGUGCCCAUGUUCGGCUACCUUUGGAUCGAAGUCGCAGAGCGAGAAUACGCGAUCGUAUACCGUGUGCUCUGGAAAUGCGGCAUCGAAGAACCUCGAAAGUUCAUCAACGAGAAAGAAAUUGAAGCCAUCGUACAGGGCUACGCUGAUAUGGAGAUGAGGCCUGGCGCCGCCGAAUGCAUAUCGAAGCUUCGCAAUGCUGGCUUCACAGUCUGGGGCCUCACCAUGGACGACUAUAAACGUGUGCGAGGGUACUUCGAGCGUUCCGGAAUCGACAUGCCGACAGAGAACUUGGCCAGCUGUGACUCGACACAAAUCGGUAAACCUGAUCCACAAGCAUACAAGCCGUUGCUCGAUCAAUUGAGUAGCGAGGGAAACAAGCCUUGGUUUGCUGCAGCCCAUCAAUGGGACGUGGCAGCAGCAAGACGAACAGGGUUUCGAGGAGCGUAUUGCACUGUCUGGGAGGGCGAAGCUCUGAUGGACGUCUUUGGCGACAUGGAUGUGGUUGCUGAGACAUUGCCUGAAAUGGCGGACCGUGUGAUAAAAAUGGCAAGAUGA